GUGGACAUCACCCCAGACAAACUGCAACUCGUGUGCAACGCUCUGCUGGCCCAGGUGAGCGGCGGGCAGGCACGACUCCGCAUCUCGUUCCCCUGCGUGGGGCGGGCGGCGCUGUCUGGGCCGCCCCCAGACAGGAAAUCUAGAGACCGAAGGUCUGGCGUUGAAGGCCUACUGCUCCUACUCGCUAACAGUGGUUGAUGCACUCCGUUGAGUCCGCGGCGGUGCUGCCCACCGCUGGGGAGGGUCGGAAGAUGUAAUCUGUGAAAGCGCUUUACACGCCAACCAUGUAGCAUCCACCUGCGGAGAGCGACCGUAUUUUAAGCGCGUUGAAUGCAUUAUCUCAUUGAUUUCUAGCCGCAGCCCCUGGGACACGUUAAUAUUCCCAUUUUACUGUGUGGCCCGGAGGGAUUAAAUUAUUUGCACGAUACUACACAGUAGGUAAAGUCCCUGGGUGGUGUAAAUGUUUUGUGCUUGAGUACUAACCUAAAGGUUGGUGGUUAGAACCCACCCACCGGCACCGUAAAGAUUACUGCUAAGAAAACCCUAGGGAGUAGUUCUGUUGUGUAUCGCCAUGAGUCAAAUUGACUUGAUGGCAACGGGGCACACACAGUAGGUGGUGGAUGUGGAAUUAGAACCCAGAUCUCUCAGCCUCAAAACCCAUACUCUUAACCUCUAAGCCAGUGUUUCUCGAAGUGCUGCCCUCAGAUCACGUGAGGGGUGGGGAGUGCUUGUUAAAAAUGUAGUUCGUGGACCCCAACCCAGACUUACUGAACCAGAUUCUGGGGGUGAAACAGGGAGUCUGCGUUUUUAACAAGAUUUAUGGAUGCUUCGUUACACGUUAUAUAACAUAGGGUGGUGCUUUGAGAAACACAGCAUAGUUUUAUAUGCUAACCCUAAUCCCCGACAUUAGUUUUCUUUUUUGAAGAGCACUGAACAACGUGAAUCCCUUAGUCAUGAUAAACAGGACAUUGGGCUAGUUAGUGUUACUUAGUUGCUCCGAGCCUCAGGUUUUUUCAUCUGUCAAGUGGGGAUAUUAAUGUUUACCUCCCAGGGUGGUAUGUAAAUGUAUUACAGUCCCUCUUCAAGGAUUAAAAGGGUCUUGCUCAAUGGGGAGUGAUGGGGGUACCCAUGAAGGGUGGCUGAAGAGAAGGAAGUUUCACCUUCCCACAGCUCAGCAGGCAGCCUCCCAGGUGGAAGGCUGCCCCUGCACAUCCCUUGAUGAGGGAAUUGCACUUGCCCUCCAGGAGGAUCCCCUACCACUGGCUUUCUAUGUCCACGAUGCUGAGAUUGUCUCCUCGCUGGGGAAGACUCUGGAGUCGCAGGCGGUGGAGACGGAGAAGGUCGUCGACAUCAUCUAUCAGCCUCAGGCUGUUUUCAGGGUCCGAGCAGUGACCCGCUGUACCAGCUCCUUGGAGGGUCACAGCGAGGCGGUCAUUUCCGUGGCUUUCAGCCCCACGGGGAAGUACCUGGCCAGUGGCUCUGGGGACACCACUGUGCGCUUCUGGGAUCUCAGCACUGAGACACCACAUUUCACAUGCAAGGGACACAGACACUGGGUCCUUAGCAUAUCCUGGUCCCCAGAUGGCAAGAAGCUGGCUUCCGGCUGCAAAAAUGGCCAGAUUCUCCUGUGGGACCCAAGCACGGGGAAGCAAGAGGGCAGGACCCUCACGGGCCACAGCAAGUGGAUCACAGGCCUGAGCUGGGAGCCCCUCCAUGCGAACCCCGAGUGCCGCUACGUGGCCAGCAGCUCCAAGGACGGCAGCGUGCGGGUGUGGGACACGACCAUGGGCCGCUGCGAGCGCAUCCUCACUGGGCACACCCAGUCGGUCACCUGCCUCCGAUGGGGAGGGGACGGGCUUCUCUACUCGGCGUCCCAGGACCGCACCAUCAAAGUCUGGAGAGCUCACGAUGGGGUGCUGUGCCGGACUCUGCAAGGCCAUGGCCACUGGGUCAACACCAUGGCACUCAGCACUGACUAUGCUCUGCGCACAGGGGCCUUUGAGCCAGCCGAGGUCUCAGUUAAUGCCCAAGACCUCCGAGGUUCCUUGCAGGAGUUGAAGGAGAGGGCCCUGAGUCGGUACAGCCUUGUGCGGGGCCAGGGCCCAGAGAGGCUGGUGUCUGGUUCAGACGACUUCACCCUAUUCCUGUGGUCCCCAGCAGAGGACAAGAAGCCCCUCGCGCGGAUGACGGGACACCAGGCCCUCAUCAACCAGGUGCUCUUCUCCCCUGACUCCCGCCUCAUCGCCAGCGCCUCCUUCGACAAGUCCAUCAAGCUGUGGGAUGGCAGGACCGGCAAGUACCUGGCUUCCCUACGGGGACAUGUGGCAGCUGUGUACCAGAUUGCAUGGUCAGCCGACAGCCGGCUCCUGGUCAGCGGCAGCAGUGACAGCACACUGAAGGUGUGGGACAUAAAGGCCCAGAAGCUGGCCAUAGACCUGCCUGGCCAUGCUGACGAGGUAUAUGCUGUCGACUGGAGUCCAGAUGGCCAGAGAGUAGCAAGUGGUGGGAAGGACAAGUGCCUCCGGAUAUGGAGGCGAUGAAAUCCCACAGUUCUCUCUGACCCCCACCUGGACUCAGCCUCUGCCAGCUGCCUGCCCUGACAGAUCAAAGGCAGGGGUGGCAGUUCACAUACCCUCGUCCCCAGAGGGGACCCUAAAAACAAGUGUGUCCUACUGUCCUUGGACAGACCCCAGUGGGAUCUCCGGCAGCUCCCCUGCCUGGACCACCCAGAGCUGCAAAUUGAAGUCCAUGGGGUGUCAUUGCUGAGCUCAGCUCUUGACCAUCACUGUUUACUUUCCUGGAGCUGAAGGAAGGCCGACAGCAGGGCUGGACCUCUGCUGCUCCCUGCCUCCUUUUCCAAACUCUCUUGAGGAUUGAAUCUCACAUUCUUUGGCUAAAUAAAUAACUUAUAUUUUGUGUGUUGAGGUUAUAACUCUGUCCUAGAAUCCUAGGGCUCAGCCAAGGACUGUGCUGAAUCAGUUUGUCUAGCCUCCACCUCUGCACUAGACUGCACCAGAACCACACUGACAAGGAAGUGGCUUCCCUACUCCCCCUGUGCCUGUAAGGGAGAGGCCACCCAAUCCACCAGUUGAGGCAGGGGUGAGCUGGCUGAAGCCUGUAUAGUGA